AAAAAGAGGGGGAGCAGGCGGGGUAAUUGCUGCGAUUGAUGGUCCGAUUUACCAAUCCGAUCCAGGUACGUGUAACGUUAUGCGUCACGAAAAUUCAGCAGCAGUGUGUAUGGAGCACCCGUGUAUGGAAACGGCUCUCUUGCUAAUCGCGCCGCUUCGUGGACAGUGUGCUCCCCCCCUACAACCCAGCUAAAUGGUGCGAGCCGCUUCCCGCCGGCCGCCAAUCGCGGAGCGCCGGGGGCGUGGCCGUCGCGAGUCCCCCUGUUCCGUGUGAAAACUUUGCCGGCGGUCCGGGUGCAAAGUUUGAACCCGUCUGCAAAGAAGCGAGCGGCCGCAGCGUCUGGCCGUGGCCCCACUUUCGCGCGGCACCGCAGCUUCCGCACCACCACCCCGUCUUUUAUCGGAGACACACUGCCCUUCGCAAAGGAUUGAAAUGAUGACAGUGUGUUAACAAAGGAAGCUUGAGCACUGAGAUCGAAGGAUCGCGGAGCCGGUGUCGGCGUGUGUAGAGAGGAGCGGCGAACCACCGACGGGAAGCUUGUGUCCCCGUAGCCCUGCUGUACAAACCCAGGUCUCCCGGCGUCUUUCGGCUGGUGAAGAUGGACUGCGAGCCGAACCGCGUCCGGCUGCUGUGCAUGCUGGGGCUGACCGCCGGCUUCUUCGUGGCCGAGGUGGUGGUGAGCCGGCUCACGUCGUCGCUGGCCAUGCUCUCCGACUCCUUCCACAUGCUGUCGGACGUGAUCGCGCUGCUGGUGGCGCUGGUGGCCGUGCGCUUCGCCAGCCGGACGCAGGCCACCAGCAAGAACACGUUCGGCUGGAUCCGCGCCGAGGUGAUGGGCGCGCUGGUCAACGCCGUCUUCCUCACGGCGCUCUGCUUCACCAUCAUCUUGGAGGCCGUGCAGCGCUUUACCGAGCCGCAUGAGAUCGAGUCCCCGCAGGUGGUCAUCGGUGUGGGCGCCGCCGGCCUCCUGGUUAACUUGCUCGGGCUCUGUAUGUUCCACGGCCACGCGGGGGGCGGCGGGCACGGCCACUCCCACGGGGGGCACUCCCACGGCGGCAGGAAGGGCAAGAGGGCCAAAGGCUGCAAGGCGGACCGGCCCGGCGGGGCGUCGGGCGAGGAGACCAACCUCGUUGGAACCUGCGGCAGCCCGAACGGGGUCAACGCCGACAGAGCUGAAGUGCACCGAGCAGAUAGCCCAGACGUGCAGGUAAAUGGCGGUGCCCCCUAUGACGAGCUGGAGCAGAGCCAAGACUCGGCCUCGCAGCUGAACAUGCGCGGCGUCUUCCUGCAUGUGUUGGGUGACGCCCUGGGCUCCGUCAUCGUGGUGGUCAACGCGCUCAUCUUCACCUUCGUGUGGAAGCCCUGUCCCAAGGGGGAGCCGUGCAUCAACCCCUGCACCAGCAGCCACUGCACCGACCAUCAGCACGUCAACCACACGCUGGUGGAUCUGUCGGGCAACUGGACGGGCACCGUGGCUUCGGCGGGGCCGUGUUGGGUGCUCUACCUGGACCCAACCCUCUGCAUCAUCAUGGUGGGCAUCCUGCUGUAUACCACGUACCCGCUGCUGAAGGAGUCGGCCCUCAUCCUGCUUCAGACGGUACCCAAGCAGAUCGACAUGCACCAGCUGAGCGAGCGGCUCCAGCAGCUGGACGGUGUGCUGGCCGUUCAUGAGCUGCACAUCUGGCAGCUGGCUGGCAGUCGCAUCAUCGCCACGGCGCACAUAAAGUGCCACGAUCCGGCGUCUUACAUGGACGUGGCCAAGCGCCUCAAGGACUUUUUCCACAAUGAGGGCAUCCACGCCACCACCAUACAGCCCGAGUUUGUCACCGUCAACUCGGAGUCUCGGACCUCCCUGUGCGAGCUUUCCUGCCUCACGCAGUGCGCGCCCAAGCUGUGCUGCGGGGCGGCGGACAAGGUCGCCGUCGAGAAGAGGCCUGAGAACAAGCCCCCGGCUCUGGAGAUCAUCAGCGAGGCCCAGGAGAGCUCCAACCAGGAGCAAACCCCCUCUGUCACCUCUAUUCAGGUGGUGGCCAGGCAAGAGGCAGAGGCCGUCUUCUCCAGGGAGGUCGAGUCGUCGCUGUGAGGAGGACGGUAAUGGUCUUGAGAUCCACAUGAGGUCAUCACCUCCCUAGACAGACCUAUGGGUGGAGCUCGCAACCUCCCUCGCGGCAGGAUGGAAAUCCGCACUUGGUCAGGUUCCACCCAGCCGCGACGAGAGCCGGUCUCCGCGUUCCUUUCCACUGUCGUGGAAUAUCGCCGUAUCUCUGCCAAAGCUUCUCAACACACCAACUGCUGGAGGGGGACAUACAAGUCAAAGCACAUCUGCAGGUUUCAGCGUAUAGUGGUUUUUGUUCCCGGACCGCCUUCAAGUCCUCGCCCCCCCAGUAGAAGAUUUAUUUUAUGAUGUGUAAUUUAUGUAUUUAAGUUAUUCUUUGUCUGUAUACAUAGACACUUUUAAAAUCUAGCUCCGAUAUCACAGCCAGGCCGGCUGUCAGUACUGGACCUUAGAAUACAAGCUUCACCUGUGAUGUUAAAUAUAAGAAAUGGUCUCCUAAACACUGUGCUUAUUUGUCUUCAUGCCUUGGAACCUGCUCACUAACCCUCAGUAGAUCUCGUCUCCUUCACCCUGCCUUUAACAGGAGCUACUUCAGAUAGCCGUGGUUGGUCAGCUGUGUUUUUCCACAAUGUAGUGAAGUGGCAAGUCCAAUCAGCCCUCAUUUGAAGAUGGGACACUUCGCGUAUGAUUUACGCAUCACUGAUAAAGUCCGUCACCGAAUGACGACGAAGAAGUGGAUGGCAGAGAAGUCUGACUUUCACCAUUGCCGCUGGAGGACAAAUGUCACUUUUGGGUGGAUAGUCCUGUAAUUACCCCGAGAGGAACUGGAUGUGAGGUCACGAAAUCCCCAGUUAAGGGUCAUGUGUUUUACCACUACUUUGCAUGAGCGGGCUGUAGUGCAUCAUGUGAACGCAGCUCCUUCUAAGGUGCUAAGGGGCGCAACCACUGAACGCCCCCCCCCAACAUUUCCCGUCCAAGUAACUGAUGGUCAGAAAAGCUCCCCUUUAGUGUUGUCGUCGGGGGUGUUUGUGCUCUGUACUUGUAAAACUGUUUUGGUCCGCUUUAGUAUUCCCGCUUGUUCGGCCAUCUUCAGUGGUCGUCGCAUAAUUUCCCCUGACAUUCUCCCUCAUUUAUAAAAGGAUGUUUUAUUUUGAGAGUGAUUCACGGAUGCAUUUCAGAUUUUCACACAAAUGAAAUGUAUGCAGUGUAGGAGGGGCUGUUCCGGCUGCGUGCUAUAAGAUAUUCUCCCGUAGAAAUUCUCCCGUAGUUUUAUGCUUUGACUGUGGCGGUGUGACGUCCUGAUAGCAGCUCUGUACUUGUAAAAUUUAAUUUGUGUCAUUUUGAAUUUUAAAUGUACUUCACCGGCUGUAAUGUUGGUAUUUGAGCAUUAAACACGGCUGUUGACGUGCA